AUGGAGCUAGAGAAAUCCACCCGCGGAUUUUAUGCUGAACCGCUUGAUCAUCUGAGCCAGAAUGACUUGGUAGAAAUGAUGAUACUUGAUGGUUGCUUUGUAAUUGAAUUGUUCCGGAAUUUUGUGGAUGGCGAAGGUGGGAGUGGCAGUGACGAUGGUGGUAGAGGCAAUGGAUGUGGCGGUGGUAAUGGUGGCAGUGAUGGUGGCGGUGGUGGUGACAGUGGAGGUGAUGGUAAGAGUGGUAUUGGUUGUGGUGGUGGAGGUGGUGGUGGAGGUUGUGGGGGUGGUGAUGAUUAG